AUGGCGUUCAGACGGGCCCAGACUAUGGCCUUUGCUGUUAAUGAAAUUAACAGAAACUCCAAACUGCUUCCUAAUAUAUCUUUAGGAUAUCAUCUUCAUAAUAGCUGUGGCAACCUAGGGAUCUCAUUACGUGCAGCUCUGUCUAUGACCAGUGGCAGAGGAGAGCCGUUUCAAUUAAAUGAGAACUGUAACGGGAAUCCUCCUGUGCUAGGAAUUGUGGGAGAUACUUCCUCAACACGUACUAUCGCUAUUUCUAGCAUAGUAAGCUUGUACAGAGUACCAAUGGUGAGUUAUUUCGCCACAUGCUCCUGUCUGAGUAACAGGAGGCUGUUCCCAUCAUUCUUUAGAACUAUUCCAAGUGAUGCCUUUCAGGUACGAGCUAUGCUCCAAAUUCUCAAGUGGUUUAACUGGAGUUGGUUUGGCCUGUUAAUCAGUGAUGACGACUACGGACUACACGCUGCCCGAUCUUUCCAGUCAGGCCUAACCCAGUCUGGGGGAGGCUGUCUGGCUUAUCUAGAGGUUCUGCCUUGGGGAAGAGAUGAAAACGAGCUCCAGAGGAUCGUUGGCAUAAUGAAGAAAUCCACAUCCCGUGUGGUUAUUGUUUUUUCACAUCAAAGCGACAUGCUUAAACUAAUGGAAGAGGUGGUAAGGCAGAAUGUUACGGGCCUUCAGUGGAUUGCCAGUGAAGCCUGGACUACAGCAAUUGUUCUUCAGACCCCCAGCUACAUGCCUUUUCUUGCAGGCACUCUGGGCAUUGCCAUCCGCCGGGGAGAGAUACCAGGCCUCAGGGACUUCCUACUGAGAAUACACCCUGACAAUGACACACUCAGCAACCAGGACAACAAUUUAGUGCGGGUUUCACCUAACACACCGAUUCAGAAUCGCAAGCAAAUAUCUUGUAGGAAUACUUUUCAUUGUAUAUGUGGACUAUACAUGAAACUUGUUAAUGAUGUUUGCUUAUGAAUCCCCCUUAUUCAUGAUUUCCCCUUCAUUAGGUCAAGCAGUUUUGGGAGCACGUAUUUCAGUGCAAGUUUAUAACCCCUGGCAUGAAGUUUGAAGGCCAGACUAAAGAAAGACUAUGUACAGGCAA